UUUAACGGAACUGGAGACGCGACGCAAAUGGAAAAGAAAACAUAAACGCUGAAAGCUGGAAAAAUGCGCUGUAAAUCGCCAGCCGUUGGAUUGCAAGUGCAAAAGCGCGUUGCCGAGUGUGCCCGUGAAUAAAUCGCAAUGAAAUAGGGUCGGGAAACGGCGGAAAACAGCAGCGAAAAGCGAGAGAAGCCAGCUCCAGUCCCCCGCACCACCGCCCACCCCCCUCCACCCGACGAGCAACGUCAGCGGGCGAAAGAGCGGGCGUGUUGCUAUUGCUAUUGCUAAAUAAUUUCUCCGGGGCGCUCCGCUGGACAAAAAGUGAUUUUUUUUGCCUCCGCUGGCGUGCGCGUAUAAAUAAAUAGCUGAAAAAAGCCAGAGAAAAUCUAAGGCAACAAAAUCAGGCAGAGAAAAUAAAUCGGUGGAAAAAAUCAGAAAAAAUCAGCAAAUAGAAAGUGUAUACCGCCUGCACUUGUGCCUCCGUGUGCGUGUGUGUGUGUGUGAUGUGUGUUUGUGUGCGGGGCAGAGAACUCAAGGUGCAAAAUGUUUACAAAAAAAUCGCAUGCCGACGUGAAGAAGUCCACGGCCAAAUUGCAGGAUUGCAAAAAGGAUUCCGCUUCCAGAUUGCGACACCUACGCAUGAUAUUGGAUAAUGUGGAGCUAGAAGAGUCGAAAUCACUGUUCGAGACCAACUACAGUCAUGUCUACUUUAUUCUCUACGACACCUUUAUUCAAGCCGAGGCGAAUCUAAAGCAAAAAGAACUUCCGUUUCACAUUGUUCACAAGGCGCAUCGCGAGGAACUGGACGGUUCACUAUGGCUGCUGGAGAAGAUCUUAUGCCUGCUGCCGGAGUUGUUGGCCCGCCGGUGGCAAUGUCACUCCCUGAGUCGCAUCAUGGCCAAGCUGCUGCAUCUGGGCAACUCGCCCAAGCUGAGAAGGGAAGGUGUGAGAUACUUCCUGCUGUGGUACCAGACGCUGGGCGAGAAUGCCCCCGGCUAUGUGCACGCCAUGUAUGCGGAUCUCAUCCCCGGCCUUAUUGUUCCCCAAAAGGGAGUCAUUGGUCCGGAUACUGAGUUCAGUGCCUCGGACUUUCUCACCCAUCCGAAUAUGAAAGCGGACGGGGGUAUGGCCUCCGUUUUCCACGACAACGCCUUCUCGCAUCCCGUGCAGAGUUCCGAGGUGGUGGCCCUGCUGCCUCCCUCGUCCAGCGAAAAGUCUGCGCCCCCCGAUCCUCGGGAUGGCCUGGAGGUUCUGCUGAACAGCAUGGUCCACACGGCGGCCUGCUUGCGAUGGCGGGAUAAUCGCGCCCAGAAGGAUCACAAGGCAUUCGCCUUCUUGCUGCAGCGCUUCAUGGACGUUUUCCUGCCCGUCUUCUCGCCCAACUUCGAUGUCAGCUGCUCCAUCUACAAUCCCCGCCUGGAUCUGCCCGUCAUGCGAUCGAUUAACAAGAAGGAGGAGGUGAUGGCUUCGUGUGUGGUGGUCCUGAUCAACUGGGUAUCUCGAUUCACCCACGAACGAUUGUUGAGCCACCGCUUGGACUGCACGCUGCACAUCGAGGACGUGGACCAUGUGCGCCUGCAGGGCUAUCAACAGGGACUCAUCGUUCGGGAUGUCUUCUACGUCAGUCGAGAGAACAUAAACUUUGUGCACGAGGUUUAUCGUCAGGCAUUUCUGCUGAACUUUACCUCCAAGCCGCAAAUAGAAGCAAUUCGCACUGCGAUCGCUGUGUACCGGGAUUGGAUGACGGGCGAGACUCCACCGCCUUUCCUGCUGGAGCCCAAUGACGAUCCGCCGCCUAUUUCAACCGCAGGUGGAACCCCCAGGAGUCAGCGACUGCGCACGCCCUCGUACGUGGGUGCCAUUGCGGGCUCCAAGGAUCAGUUGGCAGUCAGGGCUGGACGGCAAAAUGUGCUACAAGUGUUUGUGACCAAUGCGGCGAAUGUGUUCCUGGUGAACACGGCCAAUCUGAACAUCUGCUUCCCCACGCGAUCGAGAACUUAUCGCUCUACGCCGCUGGAGGAGCAGACGGAGAUCUGCAAGAAGGUGCUGAAUGUGUACCGCACCAUGGUGAUGAACACGGAGAUGGACUCGCGCACCUGGGAGCAACUGCUAAUGGUGCUGCUGCAGGUCACCUCGGUGGUGCUGCACCAGAAUCACCACACAUUGCCAAGUGGGUCUAAUAAGAGUGCCACUUUGGGCGGAAUCCUGGGAUCGGCUAUAUUCCAGACUCUCAUUGUCACAUGGAUACGAGCGCACACCAAAGUCCCCGUCAACGUGCAGCUGUGGGAGAAAUUCCUGAAUGUCCUGCAAUCUUUGACGCACCGCGAAGAGCUCAUCGUUGAGUGGAACAAGACUAUCCAGACACUGACUCGUGUCUUCUCCCGAUACACCUAUGGCAUAAAUCUCCUCGAUUUACCCUUGGAUCGAGUGGCGGAGAGUCGGGCGGAGAAACGUCGUCGCAUCGGCAGCGUCUGGCAGGGAUCAGGAUCGGCAAGUGGUGCGAAUGGAGGCAGUUCAGCUUCCGCUGCCAUCAGCCAAAGCAGACAGCGCGAGUCGCUGGCGGAAUCGAGUAGCAGUCGCUCGGAGGAGACCUCGUCGCAGGUGCCGCUGGCCAAUCAUCCGCGACCUCACCACCAGCACACGCAAUCCCAGGGCGGUACUGGCCAUGGAUCGCGGCCCGUUCCCUUGACUCCCAUGCUCAGUAGGAGCUACAGCGAAGGCAGCUUGGCUUCGGCGGCCAGGAGCUCGAGGAUACGACGCCGUCGAGCGGCCACUCCGAAGCCCAAGGAGCUGCAGCAGCAGCCGCCGCAGAUGGGAGAGCAGAAUCGCUCGAAUCCACAGGACCUGCGAAGAGCCAUGUCCCUGGACUCACUGGCGAGGACAAAGGGCGAGGCAGAGGAGACGGACAGCUACCAGGAGGCGGACAACGAGAGUGGAGCGGGCUCAAGGAGUCCCUCGCCCACAGCGAGCAGUGGAAUUGAAGGUGGAUCUAUCAAGGAUGCGCAGUUGCAAAUCGAUGCCAGCUUGGAUGAUGCAAAUUCCGGUAGCUACGGCAGCAAUUCGGGAAGUGUUUCUGGACGUCGCUGCAUUAUUUUAGGAGGCUCGGCGGAGGGUUGGCAUCCCGACUCCACCUCCAUCAUGUGGAAGCGCAUGCUGGGCGCCCUGGGCGAUGUCAAUCGUAUUCCCAAGGCGGAACUGCACGCCCAAGUUUUCAUGCACCUGCUGGAGAUGACGCAAAACCUGAUCAAGAUCAAGCAGAAUCAGGGGAUAUCCGCGGAUAAUCAGAGCACGCCACCGCUCCCGACUUUAGUGCCACCCAUUGGCAUUGUGGCGCCCUGGUGCUACGGAUCUCUUUCGCUGGAUCGCUCCUUUAAAAAAGGCAAACUGUGGGCCCUGCAAUUGAUAUGCUCCCUUGCGAUUCACGGAGCCGUGGGCAUGCAGCAGCUGCCCCUGUUUUAUCAUGCUCUCCAUCAGCUGCUUACCGGCGAGGAUCGGGACUUGAUUUAUGCCAUUCUCAAGCACUUGGAGGGUCCUAGGUUGCUGAGUUUGCUGCUGCCGGGACACACUUUACUCCUGCUCGACUUGGUGCAUGCGAGUGCUAUACUGUUGACUUCUUUAGAGGUCUCAAGAAGCACUCCUCGAGCCGAAGUGGCCGCCCUUUUGGGCUCACUGCUUUGCUAUCCGUCCUCCCUGCUGCCACGCCCCGUGCUGCAGCCGUCGCCGCAAAAGUUUGAGCUUAUGGAGUGUCCGGACCUGCAGGAUCACAUCCUGAACAUAGUGCUCAGAUGCGCCAGGCGGGAACCCUCAGCCAAGGCGCGAUGCAUUGCUUUGUCCCAACUGGGCCAGUGGCUCCUGAUGCGUCUCUCGCAACCGGUUUCAUCGUCCUCCGGAAGGGGAAACCUCUUUCAGCAGGCGGUGCCGCAUCACAAAGACGUGCAUCCCAAGGAGACGCAAGUCUACAAUCCGCGGAUUAAAGAAGUGCUGCAGGUACUCCUCCAGGCGCUGCAGUUCAAGCAUCAUACGAUUGCCAUGGUGGCUGUGGAUUCACUAAAGCUGUGCGCCGAACGUGGACGGCAACUGGCGGCCAUUGAGAGGGUUCCCCAGCUAAUCAUCACAGCCAUUUGCAAGGCUUUGGAAAUUCAGAACGUAACGAAGCCCAAGGAUUCGGACAAGGUGGUUCUCACUUCGCUGAUGCUCUGCCUGGGUGAAUUCUGCAUGGCUAUUCCAGCCGCCAUUAUGCUGGCUCCGUUCAACGAACAGGGAGAUACUCUAGUGCUGCAGGUUCUCCGGGUUCUCCUGCAAGUUGCCUCGGGAGCUCCACGCCACGAGAGGGUGAAACUAACGGCCGACGAUGAUUUCGACAUGCACAUCGCACACGACGACCUUCAGGGAGACGGACGCCUGCCGGAGGCAACCUAUCAGACAUCCGAGACCAUCCAGAAGUGCAUCACAGCCAUUAAGUUGUGCGCGAAGGCGGUGUCCAUGCAUCUGGUGACCCACGUGGGUCACUUUCCCAUGGGAAUCGGCGCAUCUCGCUUGAGUUCCAUGGUCGAGGAGCAGGAUGACAUUGGCAACGCCGCCUACGGUGGUCAGGUGGAGACGCGACGCGACUCUGUGGAGCUGCCCUCGGUGGUUAGUGCCCAGAAUAUGCAGCUGUUUAUGCUAAACUCCGGUCUGGUGGCCAGUUUCAUUGAGCUGCCCACGCUGAAGCUGCCCGGCGGAGGAAUAACAGCCGGUUUGGUCACCGCGGAGAAGCAAGUUAGGGUCCUGAUGCGGGAUCUCAACGGGAAGGCCUGCUGGGAUGCCUCCAUAUUGUACUCGGAACCGCGAAAGGCGGAGGAAGCUGCUCCAAAAACCACACCAAAGAUUCAUCAACCGCUGGAUUCCAUGGUGUCCUCCAUGGUGUCGCACGAUUUGCCUCGUCACACUUUGCGUCACCGUCCGGCGGGCGUGCUGCCGCUGGCCAAGGAUAUGGCCCCGGAUCUGGAUCAACUGGACGAUAUGCUGGCCUACAUUGGUCACACCAGUCCAGAGUGUGUGGCUCCCACUGUUAGCCAGCUGAAUGCCCCGAGUGCCAGUCCGCUGAGUGGAAAUCAGGAGGCGCAGGCCAUUUCGGUGAUACUAAAUCAACGCCUGUUGGAGCAGGAAUUCGUGACCCACUCGGCGCAGGCUCCUUCGCCUGCCCUGCGACACGCCAGCUCCAGUUCCUCGUUGCAGCAGCCGGAUCAGAGGAGCUUGCACUCCGCCACACCCUCCUUUGAUUCCCUGCCCACCCGCACCGAGAUGCCCUUCCAGUAUUGCCGGCUGCUCUUCUCCCAUUUGGGUCUUGCCGGUUGGGAGCGACGGUCCAGGACGCACUUGCUCCAGCGCAGUGAGAAACUUAUGCGGGAGUUGCGAAAUGUGGAUCUGCAAAAGUGCCGCGAAACCCACAAGAUGGCGGUGAUUUAUGUGGCCGCCGGACAGGAGGAUAAGGGAAGCAUCCUGAGGAAUACGAGUGGCAGCAGCACCUACGAGAUGUUCGUCUCCGCUUUGGGUUGGGAGAUCGAUCUGGAGACGCACAAUGGUUUCCUGGGCGGACUGCCGCGUCAGGGAUGCGGAGCAACAGCUCCCUACUAUGCUACACCCUUUCUGGAGGUGGUCUACCAUGUGGCCACCCGAAUGCCGUCGGACUCCUCGGAGGCCAUGCUGCUGAAGACGCGCCAUCUGGGCAACGACGAGGUUCACAUCGUGUGGAGCGAACACCAUCGGGAUUACAGACGCGACAUUCUGCCCACCGAGUUUUGCGAUGUGUUGAUUGUGGUCUAUCCGCUGCGAAAUGGCUUGUUCCGGGUGACUGUGAACAGGAAGCCGGAGGUUCCAUGGUUUGGCCCGCUGGCCAACGAGAGCGUUGUGAGUGGCGCCUGCCUGGCCACCCUGAUCCGGGCCACUGCCAUCAAUGCCAGUCGAACGAAGCGCGCCGCCUUGCCGCUCUACCAACAAUUCUACGAGGAGCGCAACAGGUCGUUGGAUAGCGUAUCUUCACGCUACAAGGAGAGCACCACCUUUGAGGACUUUGCCAGCCGCAUCUACAAUCCCAUGCCGCUGUCCACGUUGGGCACUCUUAGGGAAUCCAAUGCCAGCAGUUCGGCAGCUCCACUUGCUUCGGCUCUGCUCGAUCACAAUCGUGCCUCCGUCAAAGGUUGGGUACAAGCCUCGAUUGACUCGGGUCCCAUUAUGGGCAUAGCGCCUUCGGCCUCCGCUGGAUCUACCGCAGCCAUGGAGGCAGCCACCGGAAUGGCCUCCGCCUCGCCGCGUGGCCCUCGAAAACUGGGUGCUCCCUUCAAGAGCGUGACCAAGAAGCACUCGCUGCAGCAGAUCGUCAUCGGAGGAGGAGCAGGCGGUGAUACGCCGCCCGAGAGUCCGACUUUGCCGCAGCGCCGCUUCAAAUAAUACUUGACCCUUUCCUCCGAUUCCCGGCACCAUCUGCACCCUGCAUUCCCUUCCCCACCAAUCGGGCCGAGGGCCAAGCCAGGCCCGAAAAGAUGCAGAGAGAGUUCUAAUGCAAACGAAUAGUAUUGCGAAACACGUUUCCUCCUACUUUAGUUAUUGUAAUUUAUUUCAGUUUCCAGCUUAGCCUGUCAGCGUAUUUAACUAUUUAUUUUCAGCUUUAUCCUAAUCGAACGCUACUCUCUAACGCUUUCCCUUCCAUUUCAAUUCCAAGAUAACACUGUGUUGUAAUGCUUUGCGAAUUUUACCUAGUUACUUUGAUUUCAUUUUACGUAUUUAUUGAUGAUUCCGAUCGCCGAUGCGAUGCGGCUGUAUUUUGCGUCCACUCAAACUCACUAAUUUGAAAUUAUGUUAUCCAUGCACUCAACUAUGUUAAUUAAUUCGAUGUAAUGUAAGAUUAUUUAGUUAAUGAGCUUUAAGCAUUCGAGUGCAAAUUGAUCAUCAGCUGCGGCUGAACAAUUGCUUUUUUCGCAUUUAGCGUGCUGCGCUUUUUAUCCAAAGCAAUCUGUUAUUCAAUAUUAUAGAUACCUAUUAUUUUUACAUUUUUAUGUCACAUUUUACGCUUGGCAACGAGAUGCAAAUUCAAAGAAUUCGAGAAUCGUUUUAAGUGUCACGCACAAAAUGCAAGAAUAAUCAAAAUUCGAACAUAGAAACAUGCUCUGCCCAUUUAAAGCAACACGUCAACUACUAGUAUUAUGUAAUCGACCUAUAUGUGUAUAGGUAGCCUAGUUAUUAAGCAUUCUGUACUAACCAAUCCAAUCCCCUAUCAAAAUGUCGAUGGCAAUCGUCACUAGGAGUGUGAGUCUUAGAAAGGAAAACAAAACAAAACAGCAGAGUAACUAAAAUUGUUCAAACAAUCGCCUUUUAUUUGUGUGUAAAAAUGAAAUUGUUACAAGAUGAUUUAUUAACCAAGUAUAGGGAUGUUCUUCAUUUGUAUUUCUCACUGCGAAUUGUUUCAACGAAUUGAUCAAAUUGAUAGAUUUAUAUUUAUAUAUAUUUACACCAAGAUAUGUUAAUUUUGUAUUUAUGUAAAGCGGGCAACUGAAAGUUAAUUGCAAUGCCUUUUUGUUGCACAAAUGUUUUAUGAAAUCUGUAGUCUAAUUAACACAAUUAACCUUAAGCGAGUAAACAAACAUUUUUGUAAAAAAAAAAAAACAAAUAAAUCGAAAAGCAAAUUAAAGCUAUGUGAAAUUUGUAACUAACACCAAGUAACGGAUUAUAUACAUCCUACAUUUACAACUACAAUUUAAUAUGUAUAUUAAUUUAUUAAUUUAUUUGAGAAACAGUCGAGUAUUUUUCGUAUAAUAAAUAACUUGAACUUCAAA